AUGUCUGGAGAGAUUGUUGAGGUCGCUCAAACUCAUCUUGAUGCCGAGAAACAAGUUCAGGAUACAGUCAUCCAUCUUGAAGAUGCCUUGGCCAGCCUCCAGAUCGACGUCAAGGAUGCCGACGAGGCCUUUGCGUUCUUGAGAGAUCACCCAAAUGCUGAUGCCGUCACCCAAGAGGCCAUAGCUAUCCUGGCUGAUGACACGAAAGCCCGGCAACUUCUGAGAAAGAUCGACUGGGCCAUACUUCCCUGCAUGAUUGCGACUUAUUUCCUUCAAUUCCUGGACAAGACCACCAUCGGCUACACUGCAGUCAUGGGCCUUCGGGAAGAUACACACCUCGUAGGCCAGGAUUACUCGAAUGUCGCCAUGAUUUUCUACAUAGGGUACCUUGCGGCAGAAUUUCCGACUCAGUAUCUCUCCCAGCGCAUAUCACGACUGGGAAAAUACCUUGGAGCCAACAUUAUGCUCUGGGGGACUGUUCUUGCCGCACACGCAGCUUGCCAGAACUACGCUGGACUGAUGAUUUGCCGGGCUAUUCUGGGCAUCUUCGAAUCUUGCGUGACCCCCAUUCUUGUGCUUGUUGUGGCCAUGUGGUAUAAGAAAUCCGAACAGGGACGGAGGAUCUCCUACGUCUACGUUUGUAACAGUCUGACCUCGAUCUUCGCCGGUCUAGUGUCAUACGGUGCGUCCUUUUCUGAAGAUGGCCAUUUUGCAAGUUGGCGGAUAUUUCUUCUUACCAUUGGCCUCGCUACGGUCACAAUCGGCUUUGUUGUUUUCAUCUUUCUGCCGGACUCUCCUGUCAAAGCAAAGAGAUUUACCGAUGCCGAGAAGGUGGCCACCUUGCUACGAGUCAAAGACAACCAAUCCGGUACUCAGAAUGCCAAGAUCAAAACGGAUCAGCUACGACUUGUGUUCAAAGACCCAGGCGUCUGGCUGAUAGCUGUGAGCGUCUUGUGUCUGAGCGUGCCGACUUCGAUCCCCAACUUUUCAAGCAUCUUGUUGACAACCUUUGGUUACACUCCGAGGCAAGCACUGAUUCUCAAUAUCCCCGGCGGUGUUGUCGGUGCUAUUUCGACAAUCCUGAUUGGCUGGCUGAGUGACCGAUGGAACGAUCGAAGCUCAGUGAUGAUCCUCAGCAUUUUGCCAACUAUUGCAGCGUUUGCUAUGAUGAUCGGGCUUGACCCUGGCGGCGUGCCGAAAAGCAAGGGCGCCCUUUUGUUUGCACUCUACCUGUGUAACUCGUUCACGUCUGCCUUUAUGCUCCUCCUGGUCUGGAAUGCUUCGAACCUUGGUGGGCAUACCAAGAAAGUCACGGUCAAUGCACUGACCCUCGUUCUCUACUGCGCUGGAAACAUUGCCGGGACAGAGAGCUUUCGUGCCGAGGAAGCUCCAGGAUAUAUCAGUGGCAAGGCGGCUAUCAUGUCGACAUUAUCAGCUCAGGUCUUUGUCUGUCUUUUGCUGAGAUGGCGCAACGACAGGCUGAACAGGAAGAAUCGUGAGAAACUUGGGGCUAUGAGCGAGGAUGAGAAAGAGACGUUGCGGCAGCAGUUGGCUUACGCUGACAAGACUGACCGGGAGAACCCUUUCUUCAUGUACACGCACUGAAAGAAGACCGCACGAUCCACUUGGAGUUGCGGCUCUGGGGGCAAGUUGAAUGUGUACGGAAAUCCCCCUCUCU